AAAGACCCCGGCCCCCCCAAAUAAGACUUAGUGCCACUUUUGGAGGCAAAAUGUCAUCCUUUUUGAGGGAAAGGGGCGGUCCGCCAGUUUUGAAAGAGGAAGGAUUGUGCUCCCUUCUCAAAAACAUUGCUGGACAUAGUGGUUCUAGACAAUUUAGGUACACUUCAAUCAUCCCUUUUUGAGAAGAUUGCUGAAAAAUGGGAUUGCAGCUCCAAGGACCCAUGAGGGAACAGAUUAUCUGAAGCCUUUUCAGUUAGAGUUAAGACAACAGUGAUCACUUUACUUCUAGAGAUGAGGUAUAUACCAUCCUGCUGCCUUUUGAUAUCAUAAUAUUUGAUUCAUAAAAUCCUUCUGGACCACCAAUGAAUAUUAGUUGUGAGGGGCACCAUUCUUUUGCUGGGGGCAUUCCAAUCUGUGCUGAUUUGGGGGAAAGAGAUUGUGGCUGAGGCUCCUAAUGUGUGGUUGCCACAGGGCUCAAUGCUCUCACCCCCCACUUUAGAUGAGGAGGGCCUUCAUCCUGUGUGCUAGUUGACCAUGUUCCUGGCCCCAGAGAUGGUGCUGGGUUCCAGAUAGUUGCUGAUGCCCUAGACACCUGUUGACUGUAGACUUUUGGAAUGAGUCCUUGAUGUUGCAGCUGGUCCUAGAGUUGGUGUUGCUGUUAUACAUUUUCACAGCCUUCUCUCUAAAUAUAAUACCUAAAAAUAAAUAAAUUGUACAUAUUUAACUUGAAUGGUGUAUUGGGCAUGUUUAUGAAUACUGAUUUGAAUCAUCCUAAAGCUAAAACUCUCCAUCAUAUCUUUGUAGUGAAAAGAAUGAGAUCUAUGUUACAAAUGGAGGGGAAUGACUAUUUCUUACAGACUGAUCUUUAAAUAUGCAUAUUUCUUUAGAAACCCCACAAUUCUUUGUUCAUAUUCCUAGUAGAUGUAGAUUACAUCGUAGCCAAAGAGAGGAAAAUAUCAACUUAGCAUUAUGCUGGCUUUCGAUGCAGUGAUAAAGAUGGCAAAACAUUUUUAAAAAUUCAUGUGGGUAAUGGUAUCCAGCAGACAAGGUCAUGGGCCAAAUUAUCUCUUCAAGUCUUCUGAAACCAUGCAACAUUUGUUCUAAAGUGAGCUAACCUGCUCAUCUCCCAUGUUUUGGGUCCAUUGAAAAUAAUUCUCUUUGGAUCUAUUAUCCUUUUUUAUUAUUUUUUCUUAACAAUAGUUGUCGGGCACGGGGACUCAGAAGAGAUUUCUCCGGACGCAUAUGGAAUGCAAAGACCUUCAAAAGAAUUAAAUAUCUCCACCAACAAGAGAGAAUAUAUAUCCGUCAACAACAACAAAAACACUUUUCAUGAAAUGAUUGUGUGCGUCUGUGUAUGAACAUAAGUGCUGUAGCUUUUCUUGUAUCCACACAAUGCAAUGAGAACGCCAAGUCAGCAUAUUUUCAGAAGGGGCUCUCUUUUCUCAUCCACUCAACCAGUACAUUGUAAAGACAACAUUAGAGCCUAUGGAAGUUUGUGGAAAAGGAAAGAUGGAAACGCAGCUCUUCUCAGCAAUUAUGAGGUCUACAAAUUGCUGACUGAUCUGAAGCGGCAGUGCCAAGAGCCUGGGAAAAGUAAGCAGAGUGUUGGCCAGCAGAAUCUGAACACAAUCACAUAUGAAACAUUGAAAUACAUAUCAAAGACACCAUGUAAGUUCCAGAGUCCUGAGAUUGUAAGAGAUUUCCUCAUAGCACUGAAAAAUCAGAAGCUAACAAAGGCAGAAAAAUUGCAACUACUCAACCACAGACCUGCAACUGCUGUUGAAAUCCAGCUGAUUGUUGAAGAAAGUGAGGAGAGACUUACAGAAGAGCAAAUUGAAUCCCUUCUCCAAACAGUCACCAGCAUGCUUCCUGGAGACCCAGAACAAGAGCAGGAGCAGCAACCUAUGGUUGCAGAAGAGGAGGGCAGCCAGACAUAGGAGAACUGCAAUACUUUCAGGUGCUGAAACGCCUUAAUGGGAAACUGGGCACUGAAUGAUUACAGCCAUAGGCAAACAAGUCCAUAAAGUAACUCGGUCCUUGUUCAAAGUUCCUAUUUGCUCUUCUGCAGAUGUGCCAGAAGGUGAAGAGAUUUGAACAUAAGGAGUCCUCUUUGCUUCCUGCUCUGGUAGCCUGGAAACAUAUGCAUAUGGGGAAGAGUGUCCUGAAAUCAUCAGUUCGGGGCUUCAGAUCCAAAGAGACUGCAUCGUUUGUUAAUAAAUUUAAAUUGGGCAGAUUCAAACAACACAUGCACAAUGACUUGAUUGACAUAUCUUGCUAAGAGGCAGUGGGAGGUACAUGAAACCCCUGAGUCCACCUCUGACCACAGUAGCCAGAAGUAAGUGGUGUGGUUAGCCAUUUUGAGUCAAGACAAAUAAAAACAUUGUAUAUCCUGAUUUAGGGGUAUCCAUUGGGGUGGGGGGGUGGUUUAAAAAGUCAAAAGAGGUUAGCUAAGACUGUGUGUUUGAUGUUCUGCCCCUUGCAUGCUUGCUUUGGUUAUAUUGUCCUGCCAUCAUUUUGACUUUUAAUUUUUAAAGAAAAUAUUCUUGGUCCUAAACAUGCUUAAUAUAGGUUGUAAAGUUCUGCCAUUCAAACAGCAUUGAAAAUCAUACCUCUACCUACAUUCGUGAUAUGGCCCCUAUCCACUUUGCCACCAUCCCACAGGUGUUAAAUAUGUUCAGUAUAUUGCACAUAACAGCCUCCAGAAGUUGUGAAUGUGCUAACACUGGAAGUUUUUAAGAGGAGGUUGGACAACCAUUUGUCUGAAAUGGUACAGGGUUUCCUGCCUGAGCGGGGGGUUGGACUAGAAGACCUCCAAGAUCCCUUCCAAUUACUAUUCCUAUCCUAUCCUAUCCUAUUCUGUAGAAACCACAGUAGUUGACUGAAUUUAAACACAAUAUGCUAAUCCAAAAUCAAAUAAAAACGUAAGUGUUUAGUGCCCUAUGUGAACUUAACUUGUUUCACUAAAUAACAAUAAUCCUUGAAAGUAGAUGAUUCCAUUGAAUCUGAACUAAGAGUGGCUGAACCCUGUCAUCAAACACUGAAUACAAGGAUUAAUAGGGGCUAUGAAGGUCACCAAAUCCAGCCCUCUGCCCAGUGAGAAAUGUAUUAAUAGCAAUCCUAACAGAUAAACAUCAAAUAAAUAUGCAAUGAAUAUUUUCCUUAUGUCCAAUCAAGAUCUAUUGAUAAUGUUGAUAACUAACCAUUAUGUUUUCUUUGGCUCAAUGUGCAAACAUUUCAAUAGAAGGAGAUUAUCUGUAGCUCAGAGUUGAACUGCAGCAUUCUUGAUGCUCUCUGAGCUUGGUUGUUUGUUUGCAGAUGUUUCAUUAUGUGAUCCUGGCUACACUUCAACCAUCAUAAAUACGUAUUAGUUGUCAAGUGCCCAAAUUUUGAUCACAUGGCCAUAGGGUUGCUGUAAUGGAUGUAAGUACAAAGACAGGCUAUAAAUCACUUUUUUCAGAGCCAUUGUAACUUCAAACAAUUGCUAAAUGAAUGGCUGCAAGUCAAAGAUCACCUGUGUAGCUCACAAAAGGUUAUUAUACUUUUUAAUACAAAUCUGCUAGUUACAAAAGCUGCUAUGUGAGAUCCUGAUCUUUUUUUCCAUUGUGGCUCCUAAGAUACUUUACCAACUCAACCAGUUGAGGUUAAAUCAAUAACAUAUACGCAUUUAUAAAUUAGAUUUAUAUCCUCACUGAAUGAUUCAGGACCAAUUACUUCCUCUAGUUCACAAGCUUGUUGGGAAAAAUUUGAAGAAGUGUACAUUGCCUUGAGCUCCUGAAACAAAAAAAAAGUGAUAUAAGCAAAUAAAUUACUGUACAAAAAUCCUAGUUACGUAAUUAGCAUUUGUGAGAUAGGCUGGGCUUGAAAUAGUGAUUGGCCUAAAAUCACUCUGAGCUUCCAUAGCUAAAGAUGGACUUUCCCCAUAUAAUAACUACUGUACCAUAUUGGCUCUCUUUUAAAGCAAUACUCAUUUAACAUCAUCUGUGAACCAACCCACUUGUUUUUAAGAAACUUGGCUAAAACUCUUAUAUUUCAAACAAAUUUUUCCCUACACAAAAAAUGCCACCUCUGUCAAACAGACAUCAAUUCCGAUGACUAAUGGCUUUAAUACUGGUUUACAUCAGAGUUCAGAUUGGCAAAAUUCUUCACAUCUUUAGGGAUGGCAUUUAUGUUCUCCCCUCAUAAACAUCUGAAAAACCAGUUGGCUCUUCUAAUCUCCUAUUUGAUUUCUUUUCUUUCUCUUUGUUCAUACUUUAUUUUCAUAAACCAAUAAUAAGCUUUUUGGAUGUACUUGGAUGCUUUUAAAUGUUAAUAUUUAAUUGUAGCAAGUACUUGUCAAGUAAACCUCAUUGUUAUAGUUCGUAUAAUCUAGGAUACCAAGUAUUACACUUAAGAACUUGGAAGUGAUUAACUGCUAAGCCUAGUGGAUGUUUACUUAGAAAUUUAUCAUCGUGUGCAAGGAAACUUCUGCCAAGUCAAUAUUGUUUUGCACCAUUUGAUAUUUAUUUGGGGCAAAAAAUUUAUUCAGAGUUCCCAGAGCAUAACACAGCACAUUGCAGAGUAAUCUAAACAGUAUGGGGAAAAAAUAAUGUACCAUAUGUAUUCAUGAAUAAGCCCAUCCACAGAUAAGCCAAUCCUCAAAUUUUAAUGAAAAUGCCAUGAAAAAAUAUGCCACGAACCGAUAAUCCAGUUAUGAAGAUUAAAAUGUAUAAAAUUUUGAGGGUCACCUUAUUUAUGGAUAGGCUUAUCCGUGAGUAUAUACAGGUACUUUUAAAAAGUCUUCUAUAUUCACAGAAACCUCACAAUUGAUCUACAUGGAAACCCCUUUUGCAAUUUUUAGUCAAUAAAGAGAAAAAGUUUGAUUUUUGGAUUUGAUAUUUUUUGAUUAUGGGGAUAUGUAUUUGUGUAAUCUGAAAGCAGAGGAUGUUCUAUUAUAGAUUUUUUAUUAUAGAAAUAUCUAGCAAUAUGUGUAUUUUUAGAGUUGAUAAUAUGAUGCACUUAUGAAUUAUACGUUUUAUCAGAUUAAGAGAUUAUUAUAUACUGUUACUGUUACUUGAUUGAUAUUUUUAUAUAUUUAGUUUUAUAUCUUUUUUCUUUUGUUAAACUAAAACAAGAGUAUGUUUUAUUUUAUAACUUUAUCCGUAUUGAAAAAGUUGGAAGUUUAACAUGUUGUUAUUCUUUGUUUUCUUAUAUGACUUUUUAAAUAUUCCGUUAUUCCCAUCUCCCACCUUUUCUCUCUUGUUGUAAUUUUCUAUUUUAACCUUUUAUUUUUGAAAUUUAUUAAACUUUUUAAACAAAAAAGAAAUCUCAUAGCUGAAAUUAAAACACAAAUUAUUAGUAACAAAAUCAUUAAAGGCUUGCAAAAAUUCUUAAAAUGACUCCUAGGAAAUUCUUAGGAAUUCCAAAGAUAAGAUGUCCAUUGUUAAAAAGUAACAUUUUAAAACUAAUUAUUACAUUGUAUUAUGAUAACUACAGUGAUCCGCUACACAGUGGGAUCAGCUAAAUGUGAAAAAAAAUAAAAGUUUUUCUUGAAUUGAGCUCCCAUGUGGCUAUGCUCCUGUAAAAGGUAUUUUCUUAGGAAUAUUUAUUUAUUAAAUGUACUGGCCUCCCCAUCUUAACCACAAGAUAAUUCCUUAUUUCACAAUAUUUUUUCCUGGACAUUUACCCCAGAGUUCUGAGUGGGUUAUAUAGCCUUGGGACUUCAGAAUGGCUUCUCACACAAAUGUGGAAGAUACCUCACAAAUUAACGCACAACAACAAAAACAAUCUAUAUAAAUGUUGAACAUGUUAAAAAUUCAUCAACAACCAUUCUGUUUAUUUUUAUCAUUGCUUUAAUAUCAACUUCUUCAUUUAAUAAGGUUGCAAUAUUACGAUCAUUCAGACUGUAAUCCUGAAGUCAUUUACCCUAGAAAAAAGUCCACUGAACUAGAAUGAGCUAGAUAUAAUCCUUCUGCAUAAGAAGGAAACUGAAUCCAACCAUUCCUAGAAAUGGAUCACAGGAUUGCAAAAAGUACUACAGGUAGUCCCUGACUUACAAUCAUUCAUUUAGUGACCGUUCAACUGCACUGAAAAAAGUGACUUAUGACCAGUUUUCACACGACUAUUAUAGCAUCCUGAUGGUCACAUGAUCA